CGGCCGCUCAGUAUUAAAGAGGCGUCGGUGGUGGACGCAGUGGUGACGACGGACUCUCCGACAAGUGAGAAGAAAAGAGCGCAUGAGGGUGGUGCGGAAUAAUAGGGGGUUCGCGAAGGGAGCCAGGAACGAAGGUUGAAGGAGGAACGAAGCGCACACCCCGACGCCCGAACGAUCUUCUCACGAACGAACGAUCGACUGAGAUAUAUAUCAUUUUUCUCUUCUCUUACCCAUCGCUCUCGAUACCCCCCUUUCCAUCAUCUUUUUCCUCCAUCCCCUUCCCUCACUUCCGCCCUUGACCUACCUCCCUCAUACGUUUUAUCCUAUCCUUUUUCGCCGCUCCCUCUCUUCUUCCUUUCAUUGUCCACUAUCUCACCGUCAUACUUACGACGACGAAACGAACACUGAACGAAUAACCGACCCCUCGAGCUAUGGCAGCCACCGCCAUGGAUCCAGUCGACAUCGCGAAUAUACUAGCGCAGGAACUGCUAUAUCAGCAGCUGGUAUCUCUGGACGGGUUGCAUAGUGGAGUUCCGACCAGGACGACGCCGACGCUGACGCCAACCACGCUUCGCAGCAUCGAGCAGACCUUUUUGGAGCUGACGAGCGAGUCAGCGUCGCACAGUCGCGAAGCCGGCUUUGUGCCGCCGCUGGUCGAGCCGUCUCAGCCGACCCCGGCACAAACGCAAAACACGGCGGCGCACCACCUCCCGCCAACGACUACCCUCAUCGAGAGCCAGCAGACGCAACCGCAGCAGCAGUCGGUUAGACGCAAUAUGGGCGGCAGAAGGCCCAACAGAACGAUCGGGAUGACUCCCGAGGAGGAGGCGAGACGACAGAUCCGGCGCGAAAGGAACAAGAUGGCAGCGGCCAGAUGCCGCAAACGAAGGAUGGAUCACACCAAUGCCCUAAUUGAAGAGACCAAGGGCUUGGAAGAGAAGAAGCUUAAUCUGACAGAAGAGAUACAAAAUCUGCAGCAACUUAAAGAGGAAUUGGAAUUGCUGUUGGACGCUCACAGAGCGGUCUGCCGGCUGCGAUCCACGUCCCCGCCGGAUGUGAAGCCCGUGAUAAAGCCCGAUAUGCCGGAAGAUCAAUUCGCCGAGCCCACAAAAGGCAGCGACGCCAUGGUAGCCGCUACGAGACCGAACAGACCCAAUUCACUGCCGGUCGGGUUCGACAACAACAACAGACUGAAUUCCCUGUCGCUGUUCGCGGAGCCUAAGGACAGGCCGGACACGUUGGUCUUCAAGACCAUAGAGACGCCGUCUUUCAUGAAGACCUCGAUGGAUGGUAUGCCGAUCACUACUCCGACUAGCGGUAUACCGUUCAACUUCGACUCCCUCAUGGAAGGUGGCACCGGUCUCACACCAGUCACGACACCCUUGAUACCGUCGUGCUCUACGCAACAGAGGAGCAACCUGUCCGCUGUGGACCUUAGCUCGCCGGACGCGAAUCCCAAGCUCGUGAGCUUGUGACGCCACGAUGACGUGGAGUACGAAUCGAACGAGGAGGACGAUUCCGAAUGAGAACGGAAGUACCAUGACGCGAAGCUCGAGUUUCUUUUUUUCUCUGAGGGAGGGAAUAACCGAAGUAUUACGCGAGCGCUUUGCAACGAAAUCUUUGAUCGCCGUCAAAAGCUCUUUCAUUGCGACUCUGCUUACUAGGAAGCGCGAUCCACGAUGCAUUUUUUCUGUAAAAAAUUCUUAGGUCGUUGGACCGUUGUAUGAGGUUGACGACGUGUUUCUGAACGAAUCAACAGAUGGGUCUUUUUAAGAGAAAGUAACGGAGCAAAGAUUAUCAUUGACAUUGUUUGUUUUUGUACGAUACGUGCUAUGCAAGCACAUUUUUUGAUCUUGAAAAUAAAAGAAUACGAUUUAUCGUAUUUAGAUUUUAGCAAUUUCACAGAUUUGCGUUUUAACGGUCUCAGUAUUUCGCGCCAUACGUAAACGCCAACACGCGAGUCUAAAAUUCUUGGAUUAUAAUCUUGUAUUGAGAUCCAUGAACGAAUUGUUCUAUCUUGUUACUCGUUGCAGAUGUAAAUCGUAGGAGAAAGAGAGAAAUAUGUUUUGAAAGGGAAGAUAAGGCGCGCCAAAUUGUCCGCGCACUUAUAGAAAAUGGUCGGCAGACUGAUGCAAUAAUGUCUGCAUACAAGUGAUACGAAUAUAUUUAACGUUUAAAGUUAACAAAUUAGGAUUAAUGAAAGUAAGAUUUGUCAUUUUCUAAGCGAUGCAACGAAAGAUGAAGGAAAUUUUAUACUUGUAAUUCUACACUUUGAGGAUACUAGAAGUUAAGACAGAAAAAACAUGUUUAGCUCAAAACUUCUAAGUACAUUAAGGAACGAUAAGAGCUCUUUGAAUUGCGCUUAAAACAUCGAUCAAUACACAAACACAUAUACACGUACACAACAACAGUUCGCAUAAUUCAAAGAAAUAUUUAAGAGUUGCGCGGGUAAAUGAAAUUGCACGAAUUAUUGUGCGAUCUCGCACGGUGAAGAUAGAAGAAUUCAAUUGUCUCGCUUUCGUCUUACCCGCGACGACAUAAAUAAGUUUUUAUACGCGACUGUCGUUUUUUCCAGUCUCACUCGACAUUAUAACAUUUAAUCCCUCCGUACGUAUAAUAUAUAUACACACAUACAUAUAUUUUACGAUGUAUGACAUUUUUGCAUGAUCUUAAGCAAUAUUAAUAUAUUCAUGCGUGACUACUAGAGUAUGAUGCGCGGAAACCAAUAGCGGGUAAGAUCUCUUCUUUUGAUAGCGUGACGACUUCUCUUUCAUGCUCUGCGACUGAUCUACCGAGAAUUUUCCGACGUCAUACUUGGUGGUCGCUGUUGAGGAACGUAUAUGGAGAUUGUAAGGCACCAUCAAUAAUGUUGCAAUAUAUUUUGAUUAGAUUGAGUCAAUAAAACGCGAUGAAAUUAUA